ACACUUACGACUUACGAUGUAAAUAAAUACUUUUUUUGUAAGUUAAUUUGUAAGUUACAGAAUACAGUGGUAGUAAUUUUUAUUAAAAUUAUCAUUUAUCACAUAUUCACAUAAUUAAAACGGAUUUAAUUUGGUUAUGAUGAAUUUGAUACUUACUUUAGUACAAGUAUCAAUAGUUGUACCUGUUGUUUUUACAUUUGCGAGAGGACUAUACUUAAUUUAUUUGAUUUAUACUGAAUCAUGUGGAUUUAAUGAUGCAAAACAAUCUCUACGAACAAUAUUUUGCGUUGGAUCUGGUGGGCAUACAAGUGAGCUUCUAAAGCUAAUAUCGCAAAUGGAUAUGCAGAUAUAUAGACCUCGUCUCUACAUUAUGGCAGAUACUGAUAACACCAGUGAAACAAAAAUAAUUAAAUUUGAAAAUAAUGACAACAAUUAUAAAUUAAGUAAAAUUCCACGAAGUAGAAAUGUGAAUCAGUCGUUUAAGUCUUCAGUUUUUAGUACUCUUUAUGCAAUCUAUGUAACAAUUCCAUUAAUAUAUAAGUUCAAUCCAAAUCUUAUAUUUUGUAAUGGCCCUGGUACAUGUGUUCCCAUCUGUAUAGUUGCAUUUAUAAUGAGAUGCCUGUUUUUAAUAGACUGUAGAAUUGUUUUUGUAGAAAGUGUUUGUCGUGUUAGAACAUUAUCACUAACUGGAAAUAUAUUGCAGUUCUUUGUAGAUGUAUUUGUAGUACAAUGGCCACAAGUACAUAAAGUUUGUUUUAGAAGUAAAUAUUAUGGUAGAUUAACAUGAUUAUUACAAAAUA